CCUCCCGUUACUCAUAAAAGCAAUAGCUCAAGUGCUCCGAUCGACAAGGAUACUCAGGAGCUGUCGGGGAGUGAAGCUUAAAAAAUCCCCCAUUGGGCAUCUCAUCGCAUGCCUGGCGGGUUGCUUCGGAGAGGGAGAGCAAAGGGAGGAGCCCACAUACCGCCCACAACCUCCAACAAGCAUCAGCAGCGCCAAACAAAUGGUGCAAAUGCGUAUUUGAUUAGAUAAGGAGAUCCACGCCUGUGUGACUGUGGUGACUGAUAUUUCCAAUCUCUUUCUCUUCGCCCUCAAUCCGACGUACUCCGCAAAUCCAAGCGCGACCGUUCACUCGGCGUUCUCACUUGUGGUCAACUGUCCCGCGUUGAAUGCACCGGCCCCCUCCAGCCAGCCGAACGAGAAGAGGUGGACAACUGCGAGCAUGGCGACUGAAUCAAACCCUGGCCGCCUCGCGGGCAAAAAUGCAAUCAUCACUGGUGCAGCCGGUGGAAUAGGGCUGGAGACAACGAUUCUCUUCGCCAGAGAAGGCGCCUCUGUCCUCAUGGCCGACAUUUCUGAACCAGCCCUUGAAAGGGCCGUCGCCAAAGUCAAGGAACUCGUCCCUAACCCUCCUCGGUUGGAGACCAUCAAAUGCGAUGUAUCCAAGGAAUCUGACGUCCAGGCAGCAGUCGAAUCCCAAGACCAACACGGCGGCAUCGACAUCAUGUUCAAUAACGCCGGGAUCAUGCAUGCCCAGGAUGACGACGCCAUCAACACGCCCGAGAAAAUCUGGGACCUGACUCACGCGAUCAAUGUGAAAGGGGUGUGGUACGGAAGCAAGCACGCCGUGCUAUCCAUGCGGAAGCACCAGAAGAAAAGGGGCUCCGUCAUCAACGUCGCAAGUUUCGUCGCCUUGAUGGGCGCAGCAACGCCGCAACUCGCAUACACGGCAUCCAAGGGCGCCGUGCUCGCCAUGACGCGCGAACUCGCCAUCGUCCACGCGCGGGAGAACAUCCGGUUCAAUUCCCUGUGCCCGGGACCGUUGAAUACCCCCUUGCUGCAGGAUUGGCUGGGCGAUGACUUGCAAAAGAGAUACAGGCGAGAGGUGCACUUUCCCAUGGGUCGAUUUGGGGAGGCGGUUGAGCAGGCCCAAGCUGUCCUGUUCUUGGCUAGCGAUGAGAGCAGCUUUGUUAAUGCGACCGAGUUUGUGGUGGAUGGCGGCUUGACAAAGGCAUACGUGACAGGAGAAGGGCCGCCGGCUGCCGCACCAGUAAACAAUGUGCGCUGACAUACCGUCAGGGACGGAAGUUGUUGACGCGAUCCUGCACGCGACCAGCUCGUAUGGAAGGCAGGGCAUAUCAGCGACGGAGCGAGCAGCGGAUUCAAUGGUUUCUUGCAUUGUUAUAGAGUUCAGGGAUAGACCAUGCAACUUGAUAGACGACUUCUGAGGCGCAACAACAUCCAGAUUGAAAGCAGUUACACUUUAUGCGGCGUCUACAUACUGAUCGUAUAGUUGCAUCCCGGUCUCGCGCCACAAAGAGCUGCCGUACGGCCCGUGUCCUGCCACAGGUCGUAGACUUAAUCCCUCGAUGGACUUUAGUUGACAAGA